GUCAACCACGUGGCUGCUGAGCUAGCUAGGCAGCUAUGGAUGUUCACAGAGUUCGUUUUAUCGAGCACGAGCCCCAGCCAAUACACUGCUUGGCAUUCUCGGAUGAGUCUUCAAGCUCUCCUCAACUGGCAGUAUCGCGUGGAGACGGUAGCAUUGAGAUAUGGCGGACCGUUGAUGGAGAAUGUUUCUUCAAAGAUGUAUGGAUUCCAGGAAGAGCUGAUGGUUCUGUGGAGACCCUUGUGUGGUGCUCUGGGAGGCUCUUCACAUCUGGGGUCACAGGUAUUGUACUGGAAUGGGACCUGGUUCGGCUGCGACCUCUCCACUCCAUAGACUCGUUCGGAGGAGCUGUAUGGUGUAUGCAACCCAACACUGAGCGAUCAAUGCUGGCAGUAGGAUCAGAAGAUGGCCAGGUACGUUUGUUUGAGCUCUCCUCUGGCUCCCUCUCCUUCAGCCGUGGGUUGGACAAACAAGAAGGGCGUGUCCUCUCCCUUGCUUGGCACCCCGACAGUCAGUACAUGGCGGUAGGAGGGGCUGACAGCAUUAUACGGAAACUAGACAUCAAAACCGGUCGCUGCAUCCUACGAAUCACGCUUGAUGAGUACAAAUCACGGAACACGCUAGUUUGGGAUCUCAAAUUUCUGAGCAAUUCGACAAUUGUAAGUGCCGAUUCUCUCGGGAAGGUUCAGUUUUGGAAUAGUCGGCAAGGCACCCUUAUUCACUCGCACACCAUACACAGUGCUGAUGUGCUCAGUUUGGCUGUCAACAAAGAAGAGAAUGAAAUCUACUCAGCUGGUGUCGAUCAGAAAAUAGUUUGUCUCAAGAAAGCAUCUGACAAAAGCAAGUGGCUUAAAUGUGAAAAUGUACGAGCACACACUCACGAUAUCAGAGCUCUAGCUCUCUCCAAUACCCAACUGAUAGCUUCUGGAGGUGUCGACACUCAGCUCAUAACGUGCCCAACAAGUAGCCUCGACAUUAAGGCCAUCAACAGACAUCACCCUAUCCCCGACAGCUCUCGAUUUUUCACAGUCGCUAACAGUGCCAACGUUCUGGUUCAUCAAAGCAGUAUGUCGCUACGAUUCUGGCAAUUGAGUAUCCAACACAGGCUCAAGUCAACUGCCUCCGCUACUGAAUCUCUCCCUACCAGUAAUGGGGAUCGUGGAGAUCAGUCCCCCCAAACAAGCCUCUCGUCGAUUGGUGAGGUGAAUGUUCAAGAGAGCAUCCCAGCUCCACUACCUCACUGUACAAAUGGUGUCCCGAAAAACUUUCUUGAGAUCAAGUGCAAAGAACCUCAACACAUUCUGAGCAGUACCAUGUCAGCUGAUGCUACCAAUGUUGCCUUAUCGACUGUUGAUCGCCUGUGGCUAUACAAUAUCAACCACAGAAAUCUAAACGUUGUUUGUGUGCAGGAGACACAGUUCCCAUGCUACAAAAUGGGGUUCACUCCAGAUGGCCAAUACCUGGUGCUUGCCACAAUAGACAGUGGAGUCAAAGUUGUUGAUACAUCGAAAUUCGAUACGGAGAAUGCAAGAACUAUCCAAGCUAAGGCUAAACCACAUCAACCCUUCACAAAUUUUGAAGUCAGCUCUGAUAGUAAAUUGGUGGCACUCUCAAGUAACACAAAGCGAAUAAUCAUCUGUAACCUUGAAUCUGGUGAUGUAAUGUGUAAAGUGCCUCGACUGGACCCUGGACCUACACUGUUUACGUUCACUCGAUCAUGCGAUAGUCUCGUUCUAUUUAUAGGUGCAGAAAAAACACUUUGCUCGUUCAAGUUUGCUGACAAGCACUUGAAGGUGGUUGGAUACGUUGCUUUGGAUAGAAAAUACGAAGGCCGUUUCAAGUUGUCCUCCCCGAAUGGUCUAGUACAAGUUCCAAAAAGAGAAGACGUAUUUGCUGUGUAUGAUAAUGACUGUGUUGUGCUUGUACGUGGCGGUGGCUCACAGGCGAAAGAGACCAUAGAAGAAAGCAGUAGCAAAGGAAAGAGAAAAGAGAGAUUGUUUGAAGGGCCACCACUUCGAUUACGAUUUGUAACGUCGAACAGAGGAGCGGUGUUGUUUGCGGGACCCUUUGGAGGGAAGGAACUGGUUUUAGUAGAGAGAUCGUGGACUGACACUCUUAGUAAACUGCCUCCAGCCUUGGCUAGGAAUCAGUAUGGCACUUAGCACUGUAAAUAAUAAGAAUAAUUAUUUUAUUGUGAGCUAAUUUAAUUUUGUGGUUUUUGUAACUAUGACAUCUUGUUAUAGUACUUUGAAUCAGGAAA